AGAAGAAUCUGUCAAACAUGUGCUGACAUCCAGGACCCUGGCCACUGGUGUGUGAUGCCGCCCUCUAUCUCCUUGGAGAGUGGAGAGUGUGUGUACACCGUGAGCUCUACUGCAGGGAGCUAUGAGUGCUCACAGUCCGGUCUGCGCUGGUCGUGUGCUGGUCCAGUCACCCUGCAGUACCGCAUCAGCAAGGAUGAGCUUUUCUGGGCCCAACUGCAAAUGUUAGGGUACCGACCCGCUGGUCCUCUGAUGGAAAUCAAGCUUCUGUCAGGAGAGCUGGAGGAGGUCCACCUGCCCCACUCCCUCUGCCUGGGUGGUUCUGACCCGGUGUUGCUAGGAGACGCAGUCAGGGCCCUGCAUGGCGACGACAAUGGUGUUUCCCUGGAGACGUGUGAGCUGAGCCGUUUCCAUGGCAGGCUUUCAGCACAGCAAUUCUCUCUGUGGCAGCUGGUGGUAUGGCUGGGUUUCCCAGUGAGGGACCACUAUGAGGUACAGAUAUAUAGGCACAACCCCCAGCCACUGAUCUUGCACAUCCACCUGCUGCCCUUGCACUCCUCAGCCAAGCAGGAGUUGCAGAAGCAGUAUCAAGACAGAGGAGCCCCCAACAUCAUCAAGCCACACCCCAACAUCUCAGUCUUGAUGGGCUCCACACUUGAGCUGCACACCUCCUGCCCCUCGAAAGUUACCCCUCCAGAGGUGACCCUCACCUGCAGCACCGACAACCCCUCCUUCGAGGUGUGUGUGGAGGAGCCACCAGAGAGAUUCAACAUGGAGCUCCACAGUGCUGAGGAAAACCGAACAGUUUGGGACAUUGUGAUGAGGAAGGGAGUUGACUACCACAGAAGACGUCCUCCACAGCAGCCCAGCAGGAUCCCUGAGGACCCCCUGUUGGCCGCUGCCUCUCUGGAGGAGAAGAGGCCGCAGCUCAUCCAGAGGGUCACAGCGGUGAUGCCCAUAGCAGACCAGCUCCUCUCCCAGGGGUUCAUUGGCCAGGAGACCUAUGCCAACAUCCACGCUGCUGCUACCAGUCGGGAAAAAAUGAGGCUCCUGUUUGAUGGCCUGCGCUCAGCUGGGGCUCAGGGCAAACUGGCCUUCUACACAAUUCUACAGGAACAGCUGCCCCACCUAGUGGAGGAGCUGUGGAGUGCAAGAUGAAGACACAUCCAGACAGCCUGAUCCUGCUCUCAUGAGGGUGGAAAUGAAACAUACUAUCCAGCCGGCCAAAGUCUUUUGCCCUCUUGAAAGAAACACCAUUCCAAACAAAAUUGUUUUUAAGGCAGUGUUUCCGAGUUGGAUUUAAAGACUUAAUUGUGGCAUUCCUACUGUGCAUCCACAGCUCACUGCAUUUUGUUUUUCUAAUGUUUCUAAUGUUUUU